CUCGGUAAACUUCUCCUGUGUUGGUCUCACAGGUGACGAUGUGGCCCUCGGCCUCAUGCAGGACCUUGAUUGGCACCCCAAUCGACAUGGCUGCAGUGCUGUGGCUCUACUCCGCCCGCCGCUCCGCUCCACGCCGCCCGCGCUCUCCCCUAAUGGCCUCCGCCGCCUCCCGCCCUGCUCCGCGCGCCGGAACCGGAACGCGGCGCUGGGGGCGGCCCCGUCCCGUCCGGCCCCGUCCCGUCCUCUCCCGCUCGGGGCCGCCCCGCGGUGCCCGUGCCCGGGGAGGGGCUGCGCGCCCCCCGCCCGCCGUGUCAUGCCCCUGCCCGCCCGCGCACCCCCUCACCGCCGCCCUCCGCCUCUCCGCCGCCACGGCGCGGGGCAGCCGCCCCGGGGCCCGGCCCCCCGCAGCCCCCGCCUCCGGGAGGAGCCAGCGCCGGGCCCCGGGGCCGCGCCGCCGGCUCGGCGGGGCCGGCACUGAGCGGGCGGCGGGUGCCGCCGCCGCCAUGAAGAGCCCCCGGGAGGCCGGGGGGCCGCCGCCAGUUGACUGCAUCCAGCUGAAAGUGCCAGUGAUUCAGCAGCUGUACCACUGGGACUGUGGGCUGGCCUGCUCCAGGAUGGUGCUUCAGUACCUGAAUCACUUGGACAAUGACGAGUUUCAGAAAGCCAUCCAUGAACUCCAGUUAACAAAGAGUAUCUGGACUAUUGACCUGGCCUACCUAAUGCGGCACUUUGGUGUUAAGCAUAAAUUUUGCACCCAGACACUUGGAGUGGACAAGGGCUACAAAAAUCAGUCAUUUUACAGGAAGCACUUUGACACAGAGGAGAAUCGAGUGAAUCAGCUCUUUGCACAGGCCAAAGACUGCAAGGUGCUGGUGGAGAAGUGCACAGUAACUAUUCAAGACAUCCAAAACCACCUGUCCCAGGGUCACGUAGCCAUCGUCCUAGUGAACGCAGUCCUGCUGCUGUGUGAUCUGUGCUCAAGUCCUGUCAAAUACUGCUGCUUCCUCCCCAUCGGACAGAAGUGCUUCUGCAGGAGCCCUGACUACCAGGGCCAUUUCAUUGUGUUAUGUGGCUACAACAAAGCCUCAGGGAGUAUUUACUACAACAACCCUGCCUAUGCUGACCGAACAUGCUGCACCAGCAUCACUAACUUCGAGGAAGCCAGGACAAGUUAUGGCACUGAUGAAGAUAUUCUGUUCAUCUACUCAGACAGCUGACACCCACAGUGGAUACUCCUGCUCCUUCCUGCCCAGCCUGCAUGGCAGCUGGCUGCUCGUCUCAGGACUCCCCUGCACAGACCUCGCUCCUGAACUGCAGUGGGACCUCAAACAAGGGAGGCUUUAUGGACAUUGACAGGACUCUAUUGCAAUGCUGUCUUUACCUUUUUUUUUUUUUUCCUGAGGAUGUACCUGAUUUUGCAAUGUAUGUCUCUGGUUUUUUUGUUUGGUUUCUUUUUUUUUGUUCUGUAAUUUUCAACAUUGCACAUUUCACAGCAGUUCUAAAAUACAGGCUCAGAGCCUGUUCACUUUCAGCUUAUUUUCAAAUUAAACACAUAAGAAAAAAGCACCAAAUUUAUGAACUUUAACACUUGGUAAGACAUGCAUAGGUUUAGGUAAACAAAGAAAAAAAGUAGAAAAUACCUGUUUCUCUCUGUCGAAGCAUCACGAGCUGAUCUUCAUCCUAAAUCUAGGGAUCUAAAGUUCAGCAGGGUAUUACAGAAGGAAAAAUAUUAACUUAAACCACCUCUAAAUAACAAAAAAUGCCUUUCUAGCUCAUCAGUAUUGUCUGCAUUGUAGGAAUGAAAAACAUUUACUCAAGGAAACUUCCCAUGUACCAAAUUCACCUUAUAUACAGAUUUGGCAUUUUGCAACUGCAUUAAAUUUUGAGUUGUAGUUAGUGGCAUUGUCCCCUUGCACUACAAACUCACUCUCUUUUGGCUAAAUCCUCUUGGUGACUGCUUAGAGCUCCCAAAAUUUAAGUGAAGACACUUUAUUUCCACCUCAAAGUCUUUACUGCUCUCUGCAAAAAAACCUCUGAAUGUUACACCACGCACACGUGCCAGUUUCUGCAGAAUCCAUUCUAAACUUAUUAAGCAAAUACAGAAAAUGAUCAUCCAUGCUAAUAGUAUAUAUUUGGUGUGUAAAGUGUAAAUAUCUGACAGCAUCUACUGCAUUGUAACUAAAAUGUUGAACCAUAGAGCCAAAUUUUGCUAUUGGUAUUAGUUCAAUGACCUUCUAAGACGAGCUAAAAAUCAAUUAAGAAAAGAGGAAAUACGAACAUCUCUGCUACAAGUAAGAGGCAGGAACUCAGAUUUUUCUGGCUCUUAUACUACAACUGUAUUUGGAUUAAGCUGGAGUUACUAUAUUCAGACAUUAAGUGAAGUUAGUAUAUUACUUUGCUGAGGAGCACUCUGAAGUGUAAGAAAUAGCCACCUAUUUCAGCUUCAUCCAUCACCGUUUCCUGCAAGUCUCACCUUCAGUCCUGCCUCUGUGGAAGUGGGUAGGAAAAUAAGCUGAUGUAAAACUAGGAAAAUUUUAGUUUGCACUUAAGACAGAGAUCCCACACCUUUGGCAUGGUUUUAGGAAAAGAACUGUCCAAGUUCUGGAACUGCGUGGGAUAACAGCAAAAGGAUAUUAUUAUUUAGUGGUGGAUAUAAUAAAUAGGAAUCUACUUUCAGCAUGGUAAAAAACUUUCUAAGAUAAACAUUUUAUCAGCUGUUGACUCACUGAAAAGUAUCUACUAAGUGUUCACUAAGUACACUUUAAAUAAGAGUCAAGAGUGCUCCUUUGUACAAAGGCUAAAAACAGUAACAGACAUCUAAAAUGUGGAAGCCUUUAAAAAGUUCCAAACGAAAAGUAUGUGACAAAUUUUCAGUGUGUUGCAUUUUGCUUAUCACUGGUGAAGCUGAAAUAUAUUCUGGCCCUGAUCCUUCCAAAAUGAGUAAAAGGCAGGAUGUGACUUGCAUAGAACCAGUACAUUGGUACCACCAGCAGAAUCCCUCCAGGAAAAAGGUACAAAACCUACUGCAGGUAAUGCCUUUCAGCUCCCCCAGAGUAGGUCAUCAGAAGGCUCCUGAUCUGGGAAUUUUUAUGUCCAGGUCCAAAAUCAUGAUGUUUGAUUUGGAGAGAUUGUAUUAGCUCUGUUAAUAAUUAACAGGUAUGUAAACCACAGGCUGUUAAGAGUACUUCCUUAACCCAUGCAUCUUCAGGUAGGUAGUUCAUUCAAUGCCAUCAAACUGCCACAGGAUUUAUCUUAGAGCAGGCUUGGUGAGUUAAAUAAAAACAAUUGUUACAAAAGGCUUGUAAUUGACAUUUAGCAUCUUACUGGUUCAGUUAACAAAAGUGACUCUUGAGCUUAUAGAUAAAACAUGAACUUAAGGGCAAGCUGAGUGUUCUGAAGUGCACAGACAGGUGUAGCAGUAUUGACUGGUGUUUGGCACCCAGGGUUUAAAUGCUUCAACAAAAGUGAAAGACAAACAAAGCUGCCUAAGCUAGUGCAGAAAAAAGGAGAGCUCCACUCUUGCAACAGGAUCUCACACAGCUGCCAAAUGGAAGACAGCUAUGAGAGGUGAAAACACGAGGAAGAAGCAAAAGCCAAGUGAAAAGACUUGACUAUUUACAUGACACAAAUUCAGAGGAAAAAGCAGCUCACUGCACAAACAUUCAAAACAUCUGCAUUUUCUGCAACUUGGUUUCCCAUUACAAGAUUGUCUAUCAAAACACCCAUUCUGAAAAUGUUCUGUUGCUUUGUUUCUGUCAGGAUGUCAAUAGCAAAGGAAGGGGAUUUUACAUGCAGGGAUUUUAUACAUAAAUAUAUUUUUAUUUGUAAUUAAGCCAUUCUCAAUAAAGGUUUAAACUCACAGAUAACCCUGUAA